AAUGGCUUCUAACGCGUCAAUGAUUCGGAGCUUAGUGGUUCAGCGUGUUGAUGUGUCCUUUCCACAUAGCGUUCCUCUUCAAUGGUCUCAAAAUCGUCAGCUAGCGGUGAAUAAUGGAACCCAGCUCACGAUUCUUGACCCCAAAUUGCCUUCUUUGCACCAGGGAAUAAACCUAGUCAACAAUGUCACCAUCCUUAAUCCACGGGACAUUUACCAUGUUACCAGUAUACUUCAUUCGGAAGUUCUCGGGACGUUGCCGAUCCGAAAUUUCGGUAGAGUCAUUGUAGAAACAGGCGAUGAACCAUUCCAGUUUACCAACAUCAACGAGCCAGAUAUCGUCAGCCAUCGCUGGGCGGGUAUUGAUGAGUACACACGUGAUUGUGACCUAGGAGUUCUUUUUAAUACAGGAGAGAUGGUCGUUUUACGGCGAGAAAACAGCAUGAUCGACAAAUAUGUGGUAGUAGUGAAUGUCUUUGCAGAGCUUUCAGCGCAUUACGGAGUAGAAAUCGAAAAGGAAGACAUUCUAGUAGAUUCCGAGCAAUUGAGAAAGAUCAAAGUGAAAAAUUUCGAGUUUUCUGAGUUUUUUUUUGACUCGGGAGAAAAGAAACAAUUGCUCAGUAUAAUCAAUGAUAAUGGUGAUAUCCUCAUCUACGAGCUUCUUGCUGGUCUGCUAGGUCCAAAAUUUCUUCUAGAGAUCAACACCCAUUUCAACAUUAUAAAGCAGUGCUGGCUGGAUUGGACAAAGCUCGGCGAUCUGCUCUACAGUGCCUAUGUCAGUGUGGUUAAUAGUGACAACUCUGCUUAUGUGUACGCAGUAGUUUACAAUUUGGACUCCAAUACAAUCUCUUCUUCUCCGGGGAAAGUUUUAGCACCUGUUUCACGAUUUUUGAGGGGCCAAGUGAAGUGGGUAACCGCAGAAGGCUUAUCAGUAUUCAUCAGCACUUCCACUGGCAGAUUGCAACUUACAACUGUACAAACGAAUUCACUCGUUCAUAAAUUGCAUAAUUAUGCAACUUCAACUGGUAUAAUAACACAAAUGGAAGGAAAUCAUCUUCUGAUCACUAUUAGCUUCGAAAACGGCAAAUUCGAAAAAUACAUAUUGGACACUACGGCAUUUACAUUGAAUGAUGGAGCUCCUUCAGCUGCAUUGACAGGAUUUGUAUCUAAGAGUUUAUACUCCUUUCAGUUGAUAAAUUCGACAGCUGAAGAUCCCGGAGUAGAAGGGGUUUUUAUCAAUUAUGGAACCAGUACAGUAGGCGGUAACAUUGCUACCAUUGCAUUCAAAAUAGUUCCCAAGGAUGUUCUCCAUUACAAAAUUGUUUCUCAGAGUGAAAUACAAAUAGCAUUCAUAAAGUUGGACAAUGUUACGCAUGAUGAGCACACUUUGAGUGAUAGUUCUACUUCAAUAGCAAAGAUGAAUGAUAUAUGGUUUCAGCACUUUGUUGAUAUUCCCUUGUUUGGACUUCACUCUGAAAAUAGAAAAGAGCGUCUUCAUACGUAUCUCCAGCAAAUUGAUGUAUUUAGACACAAGUACUUUGUGAAGAUAGAAAACUUCAUGUCGGAGAUCUCCAGCGUAUUGGCGUCUCUGAAAGAAGGAUUACAGGCUUCUCUUUCUGCCAACUUCAACUUGAGUCCCAUGGUAAAACAGCUACAGUUGCGCUAUAAUUUUGAAAAACAAUUAUUCAACUUCUUAAUUGCGUUGGAGGACGAUGAUGAAUUAUUGAAAAAAACAGUAGACCAGACGAUCCUGGAUAUCGGACACAUAGAGAAACUUUUGACUGCUCAUCUUAUUAAGAUUGUUCUUAACUACGUAAAACACCUGGAGGGUAUUGCUUUUGAGAAUGAAUUCGACAAGUUUCUUAUUGUGAAUUACAUCAAGAAACUUCGUGAACUUGAUCCAGCUGAAAGCUCGCAGUUUGAAGGAAUCUGUGAUGAAGCAACUAUUACAAUUAGAUCCAAAUUUUUUGAAGAGAAGUUUGCGGUAUCUGUGAAUGACAUAGCUGUGGAGGGAGAGCUGGAACUCAUCAAGUCGGAAAGUGACCACAGGUGGACAAAAUGUAAGUUAACCAAUAUUCCUUUGCUACAAUUGAACAAUCGAAAGGAUGAAUUGAAAACAUUCAACUACAUCAUGUACAGAGAUGGUGGUGAGCCAGAAGUGGAUAUAGGUGAAAUUCUUGCCCAACUACUUCAAACAAUUCAAUAUUGUUUCAUUACUGGAAACAAGAUAUAUGCAAUUAAAUGA